CCGCAGCAGCCGGCUCCGAGGCGCCCCUCGCGCCCGCCUGCAGGCUCCACCGCUUGGCCUCGGCGCCUGUCUUCGCUCUCCUCUGGCUCCUCCGGCUGGGAAUAUUUGUAACUGUACAUGAUGGUUUCAACUUGGCUUCUAAUGUACAUGGUCAGAAGUUGGGAUUUCAAACAGCCUGAUGAUAUCUGCUCUGAAAGAAUGCAAAAUGUUCUUAACAUCUUGAUCACACAGCUGAUGAGUUUGAUGAUUUGCACUUUAGAAGUUGAUGGAGCUAAAAUAUAAAAUAGAUGAUUUGGGUUUGCUGAAGGAUGAUAACACACUAUCCAGCAAAUCAUCACCCAUAUAAUGGAUUUUAUCUGACUUGCUAGAUCAUAUUGCAUUAUCUCUCUUGGACUUUGUGGUAACAGUAAAGGAAAUGUUUGUUUAAUCUUACUGUGUCUGCAAACAAUCAUUAUUAAUGCAUAAAGAUAAUUUUUUUGAGUGAAGUGGAACUAAUGUUUGUGUUCUUUACAAGAAUCCUGUUUUUAUUCUUUUGAAAGAUUUUCGUGAUGAUGUUUCUCUAAAGCAUGAACAAGAAAAGAACUUGUAGCAUUGAGAAACUACAUGUUGAUAAGAAUGCCCAGAAGAGGUUUAAUGCUUCAAGCCAGGACCCGUUGGCUCCUGUUGGGUCUUGCCCUGCUGGGUAUUUUGAUAUUAUUUAUGUAUCUUCUUGAGUGUGCUCCCCAGACUGAUGGCAAUGCCUCUCUUCCUGGUAUCAUUGGAGAGAAUUAUGGUAAAGAAUAUUACCAAGCUCUUCUACAAGAACAAGAAGAACAUUACCAAACUAGAGCAUCUAGCUUGAAACGUCAAAUUGCCCAACUGAAGCAAGAAUUACAGGAGAUGAGUGAGAAAAUGAGAUCAUUGCAAGAAAAAAAGAACACUAGGACAAAUGGUAUGGGUUACCAAGGCACCAAAGAACAAAUACCUAGUGAUCUUUUGGAGUUUCUUCAUUCUCAAAUUGACAAAGCUGAGGUAGGCAUAGGAGCCAAACUACCUAGUGAAUAUGGUGUCAUCCCCUUUGAAAGUUUUACUUCAAUGAAAGUCUUCCAGUUGGAGAUGGGUCUCACUCGACACCCGGAGGAAAAGCCUGUUAGAAAAGACAAAAGAGAUGAGUUGGUGGAAGUUAUUGAGGCUGGCCUGGAGGUUAUUAACAAUCCUGAUGAAGAAGAUGAUCAAGAAGAUGAAGAUGGACCAGCUGGAGACAAACAACUAUUUAAUGAAAACGAUUUUGUAGAAGGUUAUUAUCGUACUGAGAGAGAUAAAGGGACACAGUAUGAACUCUUUUUUAAGAAGGCAGACCUUAUGGAAUACAGACACGUCACUUUGUUCCGACCUUUUGGACCGCUUAUGAAAGUAAAGAGUGAAACAAUUGACAUUGCCAAAUCAGUUAUUAAUAUCAUUGUACCUCUUGCUGGAAGGACUGAGGCAUUUGCACAGUUCAUGCAGAACUUCAGAGAUGUGUGUAUUCUUCAGGACAAGAGGAUUCACCUUACAGUGGUAUAUUUUGGUGAGGCAGGAUUAUCGAAAGUCAAGAUCAUCUUAGAAUCAGUUUCUCGUGAAGCUAAUUUUCACAAUUACACAUUGGUUUCAUUGAAUGAAGAAUUUAAUCGAGGUCGAGGACUAGAUGUAGGUGCAAGAGCUUGGGACAAGGGAGAAGUCUUGAUGUUUUUCUGUGAUGUUGAUAUAUAUUUCUCAGCAGAGUUUCUUAACAGUUGCCGAUUAAAUGCUGAACCAGGAAGAAAAGUUUUUUAUCCAGUAGUGUUCAGCCUUUAUAAUCCUGCUAUUGUUUAUGCCAAUCAAGAUGUGCCACCACCAAUUGAUCAGCAGUUAGUUCACAAAAAAGAUUCUGGAUUCUGGCGAGACUUUGGUUUUGGAAUGACCUGUCAAUAUCGAACAGAUUUUCUGACUAUUGGUGGAUUUGAUUUGGAAGUAAAAGGAUGGGGUGGAGAGGAUGUUCAUCUAUACAGAAAAUACUUACGGAGUAAUCUUAUUGUCAUUCGAACCCCAGUUCCUGGUCUUUUUCACUUGUGGCAUGAGAAGCACUGUGCUGAUGAGCUGACCCCAGAACAAUAUCGUAUGUGCAUCCAGUCAAAAGCCAUGAAUGAGGCUUCUCACUCUCACCUUGGAAUGCUUGUCUUCCGGGAGGAAAUAGAGACUCAUUUGCAUAAACAAGCAUAUAGGACAAAUAGUGAACCUGUUGGAUAAAUUACUUCAUUAUUUUAAUGCAUUAUAAUAUGAACAACUACCAGCACUAUUCACUUGCCUUAAUUAGUUUACAGAUGCAGUGCCUCUCUCAGAGAACUUUUUAUCUUUCAGAUCUUUCUGUGUUCAACACAGUUCAGUUAUUUGAAAUAAGAAGAAGCAAGUGUUUAAUUGAAAUCCUCAAUUUUGUGAGAAUGUAGCCGCAAAGAACAACUGCUCAAUUUGUCCAACACGAAUCUAAUAUUUUCCUUCCAAAGUUACUAUACUAUCUCAGUUGUGGUACUGUGUUUUUAGACCUGAUUUGAUUAUGUCUUUGCAUUUGAUCAGUUCAGUUUGUCCUAUUGAUGGUAUUAAAAUCAUAUUUAUAUUUAGAAGAGAACAUGUUGUUUUCUGCUAAAUAGUAAUGAGGGGCCAUGUCUUUUUGUAUCUGAAUGAGUUCUGUAAUCAUUGAGUAUUUGAUUGUUCUUCCAGAGAGAAUGAGAAUCCAUAGUAGUUUACAGAGGCUAAUUGGCUCACCUGUGAUAAUUCUGCCAAGUAUGACAGUAUCAGAGAUUGGAACUUAAUACCUUUGAAUCAGUUUAUUGCUUUGUCUGUGAAUCUCUGUGAGAAAAUGUGUGGUAAUAGAAAACUUACUGAGAAAACUUGAUUUUAGGUGAGAGUACAUGGCUGGAUUAGAUAUGUAACAUUAAUGUGCCAUUUCAUUCUUAAUUAUCACAUUACAAGAUUAGUAAUCAUAUAAGAAAAACUGUUACACUAUUUUUAUAUUAAAGAAAAUAAAUAAUAUCAAAUUUUUUGAAUAAUAGUAUUAUGGAACAUUUGUUGGAAGGAUUUUAGCUAUCAUGUAGUUCAAUACCCAUGUUAUACAAUUAAGGAAGGAUUUGCUUGAAGACAAACAACUGGUUAAGUGGGGAAAAAAAAAAGACGAGAAACUAGUCUCUCUGCACUCCUCAAUCCAUUGCUUUUAUCCCCACACUUGCUGCCUCCACAGAAGAUCCUUUUAUUACAUUGAUAAAUAAUUCUGUAUAGAGCAGCGAUUAAUGUAUACACACAUAAUAUUUGCUUAUGUAAGCUAAGCAGACAGUCACAUUGGGUGAAUUUCAGAAUGUACAAGGAUUGUAAAUUUAAAUGAAUAGGCUUUUAAAAAAUCUUUUUAUCACUAUACAUAAAAAGGAAUAAGACCAUUGAAUAAUGCCCAUUUUCUGACAUAUAUUGAAAAGGUACUGUUUCUGUGGGAAAACUUGCUUGUGUAAUUUCUUCAGGUUUGGAAUGUUAGAACCUCACAGGAAAUGACUCUGUUUACAUGCAAUAAGAUUUCAUUGAUUUGGAAUAACAGAAAAUGAACAAUGUGACAUGUUGAAGUAUUUCAAAUAAAUAUUUAAAAGGAUCCAUUUUAUUAAAGUGUAAGCUAUAAAUGGAGAUAUACAUGAGUAUUAUUAAUGAUAUAUUGUAAUGAUUUAAAAAUUGCAUUUAUGAUAAGCCUUAUAAUGUACCACAAACAAAUAAUUACUAUAACAUAAAUUUAUAGGAAUUGUUUUAUUUGGAAGUUGGAAAUAUGUCAAGGGAAUGCUUUAUUUUUCAAACCUUUUGGUUGAAAAAGGUACUAAUUUUAGAUUGGGUUCCUCUUAUUUUCACUAAGACUUUAUGAAAAUUUAAAGGAAGCAAUAUUUUGAACCUUUUAAUAAAUAAGGGUCAUAUUAUAUUUGAAUUGUUCCAAAUUCCAAAUUAGUGGAGUCUUAUUAGGUUUUAUUAUAGUUUUGAUCAAUGUUUAAUUCACCUCUAUUUGAUUGGGGUUAGAAUUAGGCAUUUAAGAUACGGAAAAUAUGCUGUUAAAAAUAAUUCUGGACAUCUUUUGUACAUAAAUUGCCUGUUAUUUAUUGUGAAGACCAAUGUAUUAUGGUAUUUAAGAUGAAAGAAUGUAAUCAUUUGCAAAGCUAAGCUGCAAUUGUUUCUUUUUGUAUGUCAGAAUUAGGUACUUUUUCUGCAUUUGAAUAGCUUUUUAUUUAAGUAAGAAAAUUAGAAAUGGAAACAUUGUUUCCAUCAUUGUACGGUACCAAUAAAAUAUUUUUUAUUACCAACAA